AUGUCUGACAGUUACUCGAGAGUGACAAAGACCCCUGCUUGGGCCUUGUGUCAUGCCGUCUCCUGUGUCCCAGGCGUGGUCCCUUCUUCCUCCGCCAGAACCAGAAAGCUGCCACAGUGGACUGGCCGCCCAGCUGAGGGACUCAGACACAACUGCCCCUUUAAUGAUGGGAGGCGAGUCAGUGAUGGGAGGGAAUUGAGGAUUUCCCUGGGGGUCCAGUGGUUGGGACUCUGUGCUUCCAAUGCAGGGGGCACGGGUUGGAUCCCUGGUCAGAGAACUGGGAUCCCGCCUGCCACAUGGGCCGGCAAGAGGCAGCUGGGCAGUGUUCAGGACCCCUGCCCUCCCGCCCAAGGCAGGGCCCGGCACACGUCCCUCAGCAUAAAGGACAAGAUAUCAGAAUGGGAAGGGAAACGGGAGUUGCCCACUCCUGCCCCUGGCAGGAAGGCAGAUGGCCAGGAGGAUUACCUGAUGUCCUGUGUGAUGGAGAGGAGAAGCAGUGAUGGUUCAAGGACUCGGGUCACCAAGGCUCAGAACGGAGCGAGGCUGGGCGUGGAAAGUAGAGAGGAUGAGCGGAAUAAAGUGAAGGCCAGAGCACAGGGUGCCGAGCAGAGGCCAGACCUGAGCCAGCCAGCCCGGGAGCUGGCUCCCAGCUUGGGCAGAGGCCGGGAGCCCAGGCUUGGCAAACAGCGCUUUCAGAACGAUAGCCUCUCUGUGUUGAAGCAGGUCAAGAAACUCGAGCAGGCUCUGAAGGAUGGGUCUGCCGGGUUGGAUCCCCAGUUACCAGGCACGUGUUAUUCCCCACACUGCCUGCUGGACAAGGCCGAGGAGGCGCCCACCCUUCCUGAGCACCGUGGGGGUGGGAGCGGCUCAGAAUUCAGAGCCCACCGUUUGGACCUGGAAGCCAAGGAGCCUACCCUUGAGGCUGCCGAGGAAAGGAAAGGCUUGUGCAGGAGGCCCUGUGACCAGAGCCUGGAGAGUGUGUACAGAGGCUUGGAGGACCCCCCCACAAAACCCUUCAUCAACCCCUUGCCCAAACCCCGGAGAACUUUCAAACACGAUGGAGAAGGGGACAAGGAUGGGAACCCAAGCACAAGCUUUCGGAAAGACAGAAGGAACCUGCCUCCUCUGCCCUCUCUACCUCCCCCGCCCCUGCCCUCCUCUCCCCCACCCCCCUCGGUGAACAGAAGACUAUGGAGCGGGAGACCAAAAGCCAGCGCUGACCACAGGAAGUCCUAUGAGUUUGAAGACUUACUUCAGUCUUCCUCUGAGAACAGCAGAGUGGACUGGUACGCACAGACUAAGCUGGGGCUCACACGCACUUUAUCAGAGGAGAACGUCUAUGAAGACAUUCUAGAUCCGCCCAUGAAGGAAAACCCUUAUGAGGACGUUGAGUUACAUGGUCGCUGCCUCGGGAAGAAGUGUGUCUUGAACUUUCCAGGUUCUCCCACCUCUUCCGUCCCUGACACACCUGCCAAGUCUUUGUCCAAACCAGCCUUUUUUCGGCAAAAUUCAGAAAGGAGGAACUUCAAACUGCUGGACACAAGGAAGUUGAGUCGGGACGGAACUGGGUCCCCUUCCAAAAUCAGCCCUCCCUCCACCCCCAGCAGUCCUGAUGACACUUUCUUUAACCUCGGGGACCUGCAGAAUGGCAGGAAGAAGAGAAAGAUACCCAAGCUGGUAUUGCGAAUCAAUGCCAUCUACGAGGCCCGGAGAGGAAAGAAACGUGUGAAGAGACUGUCCCAGUCCACAGAGAGCAACUCAGGAAAAGUGACAGAUGAGAACAGCGAGUCUGACAGUGACACGGAGGAGAAGCUGAAAGCCCACAGCCAGCGCCUGGUCAACGUGAAGUCACGGCUGAAGCAGGCUCCAAGAUACCCAUCCCUGGACCGGGAGCUGGUCGAGUACCAGGAGAGGCAACUUUUUGAGUACUUCGUGGUCGUGUCCCUGCACAAGAAGCAGGCCGGGGCUGCGUACGUGCCCGAACUCACCCAGCAGUUCCCGCUGAAGCUGGAAAGGUCGUUCAAGUUCAUGAGAGAAGCUGAGGACCAGCUGAAGGCUAUUCCCCAGUUCUGUUUCCCCGACGCCAAGGACUGGACUCCGGUCCAGCAGUUUACCAGUGAAACAUUCUCCUUUGUCUUAACUGGAGAAGAUGGGAGCAGAAGGUUUGGUUAUUGCCGAAGACUGCUGCCUGGUGGCAAAGGAAAGCGUCUCCCCGAAGUUUACUGCAUCGUGAGCCGUCUGGGAUGCUUCAGCCUCUUUUCAAAGAUCUUGGAUGAGGUGGAAAAACGACGAGGCAUCUCUCCUGCCCUGGUCCAGCCUCUCAUGAGGAGCGUUAUGGAAGCCCCCUUCCCAGCCCUGGGCAAAACCAUUGUGGUCAAGAACUUCUUGCCCGGAUCAGGAACUGAGGUGAUUGAACUGUGCCGUCCGCUGGACUCCCGGCUGGAACACGUGGACUUCGAGUCUCUCUUUUCCUCUCUCAGCGUCCGACACCUGCUCUGCGUUUUUGCCUCCCUGCUCCUGGAAAGGAGGGUCAUCUUCAUCGCAGACAAGCUCAGCACCCUGUCCACGUGCUGCCACGCGAUGGUGGCGGCCAUCUACCCCUUCACCUGGCAGCACACCUACAUCCCCGUGCUGCCGCCCGCCAUGAUCGACAUCGUGUGCUCGCCAACGCCCUUCCUCAUCGGGCUGCUCACCAGCUCGCUGCCGCUGCUCAGGGAGCUGCCGCUGGAGGAGGUCCUCGUGGUCGACCUCGUCAACGAUCGGUUCCUCAGACAGAUGGACGAUGAGGACUCCAUUCUGCCCCGGAAGCUUCAGGUAGCCCUGGAACACAUUCUGGAGCAGAGGAAUGACCUGGCUAGUGAGCAGGAUGAGGGGCCCCCUGAUGGCAAACGAGGCCCUGAGUCCAGCCCCUUGAACGAGGUGGUGUCUGAAGCCUUUGUCCGCUUCUUCGUGGAGAUCGUGGGCCACUACUCGCUGUUCCUGACGGCGGGCGAGCGUGAGGAAAGGACGCUGCAGCUGCAGCGAGAGGCCUUCCGCAAAGCCGUCUCCUCCAAGAGCCUCCGCCGGUUCCUGGAGGUCUUCAUGGAGACCCAGACGUUCCGGGGCUUCAUCCAGGAGCGGGAGCUGCGCCGGCAGGACGCCAAAGGUCUAUUUGAGGUCCGAGCCCAGGAGUACCUGGAAACACUCCCCAGCGGAGAACACAGCGGUGUCAACAAGUUCCUGAAGGGACUAGGCAAUAAAAUGAAGUUUCUCCACAAGAAAUAG